AUGUCCUUCUUGUCCGAUUCUCGUUUAUCGUCGUGUCACCUCAACGACGCGACCAAAGACAUCGAAGAACCCAACAUCUACACUAGAUCCAACUGGCACAAGAUUGCCCACGAGGACCCUGUCGCGCAGAGCAGUCCGUCCUCCAACAUUGGACUCAACCCCCAAGAAGACAUACGUUCUAGGGUAACGCAGCAAUCCGACGUCCCCGUCCAUUUCUCAUACGGCCACCCCUACUCGAAUAUUGCAUUUCCCAUUCGACUUUGCCGUCCGCCGUCCCCAGUCCAGUCCAACCAACUGCCAGUCAUCCCCAUCUCGAAUCGAAGUCCCCAUCAUAUCUACGAAAUACGAAGUAACUCCCCCCCUUCUCUCAUCCGAUUCCCUAUGUCUUCCUGCCUGCCGGCCGAGGGGCGGCCCGACCUGUAG